UCGGGGCUUUGGGAUGAGCCAAUGGCACUUUCCGGGGGGCCGAUUCAUGCUAAACGGGAAGCGCCCUGCGGCCAACUGCAGCUGAUAGCGUGGGAUUUGCGUUCAGCGCCGCAGAACCACCGUGCAUCGGCAGCAUCAGGUGGUUUCUCACAAGCAGCCUAGCAUCUCAGCUCGUCGUAGCGGGUGAAACGUUCGGCUUUUAAUAAUCACGUUAAAAACGAAGUUCUUCUCGCCGAGAAAGAAAAAUGCAGCGAUGACACCGCCACACUUUUAUCUUAGGGGUAAAUAGCGAUUUGUUUUGAUGAUUAAAUCUGUUAUGCGAUCUGCAGGUUAAAUAUUCGGGGACGAACACAACUUUGUACUGGAAGUAUACCAAGGACAGGAGGAAAGUGGGAAAAUGGGUAGGAAAAAGAUUCAGAUCUCUCGGAUCCUGGACCAGCGAAAUCGGCAGGUGACCUUCACCAAGCGAAAGUUCGGCCUGAUGAAGAAGGCGUAUGAGUUGAGCGUGCUGUGCGACUGCGAGAUCGCCCUCAUCAUCUUCAACAGCACCAACCGCCUCUUCCAGUACGCCAGCACCGACAUGGACAAGGUGCUGCUGAAGUACACCGAGUACAGCGAGCCGCACGAGAGCCGCACCAACGCCGACAUCCUGGAGACUCUGCGCAGGAAGGGCCUGGGGCUGGAGGGAGUGGAGGUCUACAGCGAGGAGGGUGUUCCAGUGCCGGCCGGGAAGUACCAGCAGCUGGAGGAGAGCGUGGACCUGUCUGUCGCACGCCAGCGUUACUACCCGCCGCCAGCUCCCCCUCCCCCGGAAGGCCCGUAUUUGCUUUCGGAGAACGGAUUCUCGGCGGGAAACGGCCCAGGCCUGGCGCCGCACCGGUCCCCUGCCUUUAAGCCCGGUUCCUUCAAACCCGGCACGCCAAGCCCGACGGGAUCACAUGCCCACUCAUCUCUUGGGCCGCCGCACACAGGUGAGAGCACUGGCAUUGCCAGGAGGUCACCUGUCAGCCACAGAGGGAAAGCACGCGUCGACUGUUACCCUACAGAUGUAUAUUAUAUCAUUUCGGGAAUGACUGUGAUGUACUUUCUCUCAUUAUCCUCAGAGUAUCCCUACGGGGGUUUCACCCACCCUGCCAGUUUACACCGAUAUGCUAUGAGCCCCUGGCAGCCAUCGCCCCCCCAGGACACCGCCCACGGGAUGUCCAGCGGGGGCUGCUCCCUCACAGCGCCCAGCUCCGCAGCAGCCCCGCAUCUUCGCUCCUCCCUCAACCUCAGCAUCAAAUCUGAGCGCGCCUCCCCCGAGCACUCGGGCUCCCCGGCCACUCCCCCCCUCCAUCGCGUCGAGCACCAGUCGCCAAUCAGCAACCAUGAGGAGGCAGGCCACGCCCACCCUGAGGCAUACCCCAUCAUGGAGAGGGAGGAUGUGCAGAAAGGAGGCUACCUGUGUCAACACGGCUCAGCCCGGCCCACGGCGGACGACAAGGGCGGGAUGCCGAUUCGGCAGCUGGAGAUCGUGGAUGGGUGGCAGAGAUAGCCAGGCGGCCUGUGAAGGGGGGGUGGCUGGCUUCCCGAUUCGCGUAUCCCGAAGGAUAAGCCCCAGUGUUCUGCUCGUCCUUGUGGGAUCACACAGUUCCUUUUGUGUUCCGGAAUGGGACAGAAUUCGGGCCGGCUUGUCGGUUUCAGAUACAGCUUCUGGAUAGAGGAAGCGAAAUCCCUCUUACGGCCGUGUGGAGCCUGAGCAGAUGAGCUGAGCUCAGGACGUCCCCUUCACCUUCACAGGGUACCAAAGGCUUUGCGUUUCAGAAAAGCAUGGCGCCGCCUGAAAGCCCCCCGCUUCUUUAUCGUAGUUUUUAUUCUGCGCAGUAGUCGUGUGUCAGCGAGAAUUGGUAUAAUCCCCUCCCCCAACGCCAGUCAGAGAUGAGGCUGUGCGUGGUGUCUUUUUACAUUUCACAUAAUGGCCCCCUUGGAAACCCAAAACUCAAGGUGUGGCAGUUCAGGUAAACUAACUAAACUUAGCUGAAAUGCCUGUUGGGGUGUAGUAAACCAUGAGUAGUAACAAAUUAUAAAAUCAUUUUAUAGUCUUAGAUCUUUUUUUUUUCAUUGAAAUGACUUUUUACAUAGUGAUAGUACCACGUUAAUGUUACGAUUCGAUUGUUUUUCUUUGUAAGUUUUUCCUACCUUCACAAUUUGACGUGUCCCAAUAAGGGUUUUCUGAAAGAUGCACUAGAAGAUACCAGGCUUUCACCAUCACACUUCCUGCCAGCCUCAUAUCUCAUUUUUAAGUGAACGAAGCAAUUUUAAAUGGAUCUGAUCUACCAAUUUGUAAUAUGGCUUUUGAUUACCGUGACUCGUGCUCUGCUUCCAAAUAAAAUGCCUGCAUAUUUCUUUUUCUGUUUUCUGUGGAAAGAAAGAAAUAUCUGUAGCUGAAA